ACCUGACAAUUUGCGCCUGCAAGGUGGAGCUGGAGACGACCAUUUGGACAUUGCGCAAUUUAUCAAUAUUCUCUCGUUUUGGAGUUCUGGGCCAAAGAAAGUGAGGCUUCAGGGAUUUUCCCAAAUUCGCGUUCGCCUAAAACGGGGGUUUUAUUCUGGGUGUUGCUGCGCGCAGGUCAUCUAUUAAAGAUGACAUUGUUUAAAUAUCACUGACCAGUCACGCACGCGUGGUUUCCCAGCCUUGUAAGUAAGUCGUUUGUGUGAACCAUGUGUGCUUUUGGUCGCUGCUGCUGAUGGUCAUUGGAGUGUUGAAGUUGCGAGUUUCUGUGGAGUUACUGCUGAGAUUGUGCAGGCUAACAAGGAGCGAGAAGGACCUUGUGGUGCUCUGGAAAAGUGUGUGAUCUGAGUCGGAGGCCUCCAGCGUGUUUAAACGGGCAUAAAUUGGAGUAUGGUCCGGUCAACAACCUGGCUCCUGGGAGCUCUAUUGGGUUUGAUAUGUGUACUACCUCUUGUUUUGAUGACGCCCAGAACUGCCCAGUGCACGUCUUUGAAGACAUUGGAAAACAAACUCAUAGGCAGAAGACGUAACAUGAAACACAAUUUACCCAUUAAUUACACCAUCAGAGUUCACUAUGAGGAGGUCUUCAAACUCAGUAAUAUCAGCAGGCUGAGGGCGAGGGUGGAGGAUCUGGAAGACUGGGACCUGCAGGAUGUGUGGCUGUUGGUCAACCAGGAGGUGUUGAAGAGGAUUCUGAGGGUCUUGCCAGUGAGACACCCCUCCUACAAGUACACCACCGACCUGGAGGAUCUCUUCAGGAAGGUCCAGCAGGUGUUCCCACCACAGACUGAUGAGAGAGAGCCACCAGAGCGAAUAGAGGAGAUCUACAAAAGGGUUAAGGAGAUUGACUCAAAAGGCUGGAAGUUCGUGACCCCCAAAUCUCUGUUGGAUAACUGCUAUCGGACAAUGCACUGUCUCUUCAAAGACUGCUUUUCCAGUGAAGACAGAGAGCAAGACUAUUGUGGCUUACCUCACUGGCGGAAGGGCAGAAAGAGACUACAGUAAACCUGAGAAGGGCGCUAAUUGUUUUCAUAUGUAUAUUUAUAAUAUAUUGUCUACUGAUGUUUAUGUUCUGUGUUUUAAUUGCGGGUUUUAGAUGUGUUUAGACAGUUGUAUGGUAUAGGGCAGGUGACUAUGCUCAAGCAGAGUGUGAUGUAGCAUUUCUAUUUGUAUUAUUUUAUAUAUUUUUUGCAAUCAGGGAACACUUAUGGCUGACAUAUGUAUUAGCAACUGUUGCCCAUAAAAAGUAAGAACACAAACAUAGCCAGCUACUCUCAUCUCUGACUGUUUGUCUUUAUGAAUAUUAUAGUAAAUGUGUUUGUUUAAAAAACGUUUUUUUCUCUGUUCUGUUUUUUAAAUAAAUUGCUUUAAGGUGUUUUGCUGACUUGCAGGCAUAGUCAGUGAAUUCCAGCCACUCAUUUGUUUGGCAUUAUGCACAUCAAUGCUGAAAUAAAGAUAUUAUUUGUGAAUCUAUUCCAGGUUCAACGAGUUAAUUUCUGCAGUAUGAUUGCUUGAGGUCAGAUUACAUUAGAUGUUUAUGUAAACAAGAGAUUGUUUACAUGCACACUAAUAAUUGGAUAUUAAACUGAUUAUGGCAGUAGACAGAUUACGCAAUAAUCAUGUCACACCUUAAUCUGUUUAUCUUAAUCGGUUUGAGGUCAAAAUGGAAAAACUUAAAACGGCUGGUUUUCUGAGCAAUUUUUCAAAUGAUUAGGACACGUAAACACCUUAAUCGGUGUUCCAGUAGUGUAUUUGAUCCGCGCAUGUGCUAGCACCAGCCGAGCGAGCCUCCUUUAGCGGUGGCUAAAGUUAGCUGUAGUUUUCUAAUGGCUGUUUAAAUAAAACUGAAGCAUGGAUUCGUUUUUCCUGACCCAUAGACUACUUCCCGGUGAGGAAAUAUCUAACAUCAAGUUGUAAAAUAGCGAACUACUCCUUUAAGGUGUCUACCAUUUAGAAUCCUUAGUUCACGUCAGCUAGCGACUG